AUGGCCACCAACAUCACCUUCCACGCCCCCUCCCUCACCCGCAACGAGCGCGAGACCAAGCGCAACCAGAAGGGUCUCACCAUCUGGCUUACUGGUCUCUCGGCCUCGGGCAAGUCGACCAUCGCCGUCGAGCUGGAGCGCCAACUGCUCACCGAGCGCCAUGUGCACGCCUACCGCCUGGACGGCGACAACAUCCGCUUCGGCCUGAACAAGGACCUGGGCUUCAGCGAGAACGACCGCAACGAGAACAUCCGCCGCAUCUCCGAGGUCGCUAAGCUGUUUGCUGACAGUGCCUCCAUCGCCAUUACCUCGUUCAUCUCGCCCUACCAGAAGGACCGCGACUCUGCGCGUGCCCUGCACGAGAUCGCUACCCCCGGCGAGGACACCGGUUUGCCUUUCGUCGAGGUCUACGUUGAUGUCCCUGUAGAGAUUGCUGAGCAGCGUGACCCCAAGGGCCUGUACAAGAAGGCGCGUGAGGGUGUCAUUAAGGAGUUUACUGGUAUCUCGGCUCCUUAUGAGGCUCCUGCUAAGCCUGAGGUGCAUAUUAAGAACGUGGAUCUGCCGGUUGCCGACGCUGUUAAGCAGAUUAUCGAGUACCUCGACUCCAAGGGCUACCUUCCUCCUAAGAAGGAGUAA